AAAGACAGGGUCAGUCAAAACUAGAAACUUGGCUGGCUGCUGGCUAUAGCCAGAGGACAGCCAAGGCAAGGCAAGGCAAGGCAAGGGAAGGCACCGAGAAUCUGUGGUGCGCAUAUUUGGAGUGGGUCCCUUCUUCCCUUGGCUUUCCCUUCAGACCAGACAUCAGUUUUUCUCUUUGGAACAGCUCUUUCUCUGGUCACAGGUACAAGACUCUCUUGUGUCAGUGCAGGGAUGCCAGGGAAAUCAUUGGCUUCUUCUCCGUUGACAUUCGAUUCUGCAACUUGUUUUUGUACUGCUGAUCUUGCAACAUCUGCACCAAAUAUCAUAUCAUUCAGUGUAACCUUCUCCAGUAGCGUCCCACAGAAAGCAAUAAAGAGAUUUGGUUCCACCCAUUUUUCUUCUAAGAAAUGGGCAAUACAUUCAACUUCACAAAUUGAAAAUUCAGCACUGAGUAAUGAAGACAGAAAAACAUGGGAAGCAUGCAGGCAAGCUUUGUCUGCAUUUAAUUUCAGCACAGAGGAGGAAGACAAGAUACUCGGAAAGGCAUUUGGGCAUGUCCAUUCACCUUAUUGGGGCGAAGAACGCAAGAAGGAAGUUCCAAAGUUAGAAAUCGUUAACGAAAUAUUAGAUUAUCUCAGGACUUUAAGUCUCUCUGAUGAUGAUCUCUACAAGUUGCUUAAAAAAUUUCCGGAAGUGCUUGGAUGCAGUAUCGAACAUGAGUUGAGAACAAAUGUGCAGAUAUUGGAAAAAGACUGGGGAAUAAAAGGUAAGUCUCUGAAAAAUCUUCUUCUUCGGAACCCGAAAGUGUUAGGUUACAAUGUUGAUUGUAAAGGAGAUUGUAUGGCACAAUGUACACGAUGCUGGGUUAGGUUCUAGCUGUCUUCAGGUUUCAAAUAUUUGUCCAUACAGAGGGAGCAUAUACUUUGUUGAAUUCAUAAGCACCAUAUGCCAUUUGAAUGUAAAUGCAAGCUACUUUUUGGGUUUAUCUAAUAAACUAAUCUUUAUGUUUA